AUGGAUGAUAAGUUGAAAACUUUAGUUGCAUUUCGCAAUAUAUUGCAAUUCAGUAUUAUUUUACGUAGGAGUUUUGUCUGCAUUAUUAAUGAAGACCAACAGAAUAUUGAUCAAACUCUAUUGCUUAAAAAUAGCGAGAUAAUUGAGACUAGAAUUGGUGAAGAUUAUGAAGGUAUUGAUAUUGAAAUAUUAGAUAAAUUCGAAAUUAUACCUCCUGUACACAGACAAAGAAUUAAAAUUAGUAUUAUCAGCAACGUUGAAGAUUUGGAAUCGAAGGAUCAGAUAAAUUUAGUUAGAUAUCUGAGAGCCCCAGGUUUGAAUCAUAUUUUCAUAGGCUUACUGUAUUUUGAUUGCACGAAUGCAAGGACUAAGGAAACAAUUGCCACACAAGAUUGGCUAAGAAACUCGAUUUGGAUGUCUUGUGUUAUUAAAGACAUGAAACAUAUUGAAAUGUACGAUGAACUCCUGAGCUCGGGAAAUAAUGAUACAAGAUAUGCCAAGAUUAAUCUUGCGCAACAAAGAUUGCUCGAUGAUAUUCAUGUUGAUCCUAGAGUUAAAAGGUACGUAUUAGACGUUAUAGUUCAUUUGAGAAUGCAUACAUUAUCAUACAAGCAAAAGGGAGGCGGUAUCCAUCCUAGGUCGCUAGAAGAUGUAAUAUUACUAUCAAAAGUUAUCCGUUUAUCUCAAUUUGCAGCAGUAGAACUUAAGACUUCAACUAACGAUCCUGAUGUAAAAAAAAAGACCCCAACACUAUAUAUAAUGUCAGAACAUAUUAGACUAGCCGCUUUAAUGUAUUUUCCAUUCCAUUUAAUAUUAAUUCGGGAUUCGUCAAUGGAUGUUAGCGUCUCUUACGGUAGUAAUAAAGAAUUGAUCGAUGACUUCAUCGAAAAAUUGCAUACGAUAAAUGAUGCUGUUGAUAGACAGAAUCCUUUGUUAAUUCAAGAAAUCGUAAUUAGAGAUGUCCUACGAAAAGUAAUCCCACCUAUUUGA